AUGGCUCAAGACAACUCUUCAAACAAGACUGUACCAAUAAAUCAGAGGCACAAUUGCAUCAAAUUCACACAAGAGCAAUUGAAAAUCCUUGUUGACGCUUUCAACCAAAAACCUUACCUAGAUUAUGCUACCUUACAAAAACUUGCUUUGGAAAUCAACAUUGAUGAGUCAAGAAUCCGGAUUUGGUUUCAGAACUGAUGAGCUAGGCACCCAUUCCAGAAAACACAAGAAGUUAAGGAGGCUUUAGAGUUAAGUCAAGAACAUGAAGGAGAUCACCUUCAAGAACAGAUUCAAGGUAGAGCCAGACAGCAUCGUACCAGCUACAGCUGUUCUCAGUUACAUAUCCCUAUCAAGGCAUUUAUGAGCAAUCCUUACCCUGGGAUUGAUUCCAGACAACAACUUGCUAAAGAAAUUGGGGUUCCUGAAUCAAGAGUCCAAAUUUGGUUUCAAAAUCAAAGAUCUAGGCUCCAGGUCCAGAGAAAAAGAGAACAUGGUAAGUCCUUAGAACAAGAUCAGGAUGAAGGUCAUUGA